AUGGAUUUCUACAGGGACUCUACGUGGAUUCUAGAAUACUUGGAAGCCGAGGAGAAGAAGGGCAAGUUGUCAGGUUCAUUGCAGAGCAAUGUGCUGAAGACUUGUACUAAGUACAAGGUUAAGAAUAAUCCUAAGCACAUCUAUGCAGUGGUAGCAUCUUGUUGGAAGUACAGAAUGUAUCUGGAAAGGAUAAUGCAUAAAUCUGGGAUCCUGAAGACUAUUCCACAGAAGAAGGGCAAACCAGCAUUCUCGAGGUUAACGAUAAUGUUAUUGUGUCAUGACCUUUUGAUAUCGAAGCAAAAGAGGAUUCAGAUGGGAAAGCAUCCUAUAAAGGACUACGUGUUGAAAUAUAAGACAAGGUUACAUGCUGAGUUGGUCAAAUUGAAAGUAAAGUUAAAGGUUAAAGAGUUAUCGGAGUUGGUGGAUCAAGAUGAUGGAGAUGAUGCGACGCCGGUAAGAUGGAUUAGAAUCAAUCCAUUGAAGUGUGACAUUCCUGUGGUUGUCGAACAGCUGAACAAGAAGUUUCCACAUCGUGUUGAUCAUUGGGAUCAAUUGUCUCCAGGAUCCAUAUACUACGACGAAUACGUACCGAAUCUAUUUGGUAUUCAUCCAAGUGAAAAGAUCACUUCCCAUGAUCUGUAUAAGCAGGGCAAGGUUAUAAUUCAAGAUCGUGCAUCCUGUCUUCCAGCUCAUAUUUUGAAUCCUGGUAAGGAAGAUGUGGUCAUGGAUGCAUGUGCCGCUCCUGGUAACAAGACCACGCAUCUAGCGGCUCACAUUAUAAGUGCUGCAGGCGACUCAAAUGGUGGACAAGCACAAAUCCAUGCAUUCGAAAAAGAACCCGCAAGAGCUAAGGUUUUACAAAAAAUGACUUCACAAGCCGGUUGUGGAUCUCUUGUCAAGAUUCAUGUGGGUGAUUUUACCCGAUUGGCGGUACCAGACCAAUUUGAAGAUGUUACUGCUGCUCUUGUCGAUCCCAGUUGUUCAGGAAGCGGUAUCUUUGGACGUAAAUCCUUGGAGUCUUCGAAUGAUUCACAAGAUCAAAAGUUACAAGAUCGUCUAAGCAAGCUUUCAUCAUUCCAGUUCCAAGUGGUUAAGCACGCAAUGAGUAUGCCUAAUGCAAGGAAAAUUGUCUAUAGCACUUGUUCAGUGCAUGCAGAAGAAAACGAAAGAGUUGUAAUAGAUUUGCUACUGGACAGUAAAGUUAAGGAAUGGGGGUGGCAGCUAUCACCAAGAUCUGAAGUUGUGCCCACCUGGCCACGUAGAGGCAUAGCAGAAGAAUUCGAGGAGGUAUUCAGAGAUGAUAAACCAAAAUGCCAACUUUUGGCAGAAAGUUGUAUUAGGGCUUUACCUCGAGAAGACGGAGGUAUCGGAUUCUUUGCCGUAUGCUUUCAAAGGUAA